AUGUUGAGCCGCCUACACCACCUCCGUCUUCCGCCACGGGCCCUCUCCCGAGUGAGAGGGUACGCCAGCAGCAGCGACCCGAUCAAGGUCGCCGUCAUCGGCUCGGGCCCGUCUGGGUUCUACACGGCCAGCAGACUGCUGCAGCUUCUUCCUGCCGACUCGCCGUUGGGCAGUCGUCUCAGUGUCGACAUGUACGAGCGCUUACCGACACCGUACGGACUGUCGCGCUAUGGUGUCGCUCCGGACCACCCAGAGGUCAAGGCGACUUCCUGCUCGCCUGCACUUUCCGCUCACAAGCUCGUCGCUAACGAACAGAACUGCCAGCACAAGUUUGACGAAAUGACCCAAGACCCCCGCUUCACCUUCCUCGGCAACGUCUGCAUCGGAGACGGCAACCCCGACCACUCCUCAUCGUCUCCUCCCGCGGGCUCAUCAGCAGGCACCGUCCCCCACAUCCCGACCUACACCUACCCCUCGGCCGUGCACCUCCCCCUCGCCUCGCUGAAGCCGUACUACAACGUUCUCAUCCUGUCCUACGGCGCUUCGCUCUCCAACCCGCUCGGUAUCCCGGGAACGGACCUGGGCAAUGUCUUCCCCGCCCUCGCUUUCGUGAGCUGGUACAACGGCCACCCGGCGUACGCCGAUCUGCCCAUCGACUUGUCGAACAUCAAAUCAGUAGAUGUCGUGGGACAAGGUAACGUCGCACUGGACGUUGGCCGUAUGCUCCUGCAGCCCGUCUCGGUGCUGGAGAAGAGCGACAUCCCGCAGUCCGUCAUCGACACGCUGGCGAAGAAGGCCGUCGACGACGUGCGUAUCGUCGGACGCAGAGGUCCCGCUCAGGUCGCAUUCACGACCAAGGAGUUGCGGGAAAUGACCAAGCUGCCCGGGAUCAACUAUCCGGGACUGCCCCCCGACUUGCAAGCUGCGGCCAAGGAGGCGACCAAGGGCGACAGAAUGCGCACCCGUCAACUGGGACUGAUGGAGAAACCCCUCUCAGGCCCCGGGGGCCGGUUUGCGUUCGAAUUCCUGCGCUCGCCGAUCCGCUUCAACCCCUCCUCCUCCAACUCGGGUGUGGUGGGAAGUGUCGAGUGGGGCGAAAACGAGCUCGUCGACGGCGGGCGCAAGGCCAAGUCCACUGGCCGGAGCGAGACGAGGGACACAGACAUGGUGAUCGAGAGCGUGGGGUACAAGUCUGAGCCUAUUUCCGACUUCCUCCCACACGCGACGGGCAAGAUUGUCAACGACGCGGGGCGAGUUCGCACCGAGUCUGGGCUCGUGCCACGAGUGUAUACGACGGGAUGGGUCGCGCGCGGCCCCGUCGGCGUCAUUGCCAGCACGAUGCAGGACGCCUACGCCGUGGCGGACAACAUUAUCGAUGACCUGUCCUCUUCUGGACGGCAGAAGGGAGAGGGCGAGCGGUGGUUGCCUGAUGUUGCGGAGGGGGGUCGGCCUGAUGAGGUCGAGAGGGGUCUCAAGGAGGGCAAGGUCAUUGAUGUGGAGAGAUGGGGACGGGUAGACAAAGCGGAGAGGGAAUUGGGGAAGAAGACGGGGAGGGAGGAGAGGGAGAAGUUUAGGACGGUUGAGGAGAUGCUCGCGGCCGCCAACUAG